GUCGUCGCUGCUGCUGGGUGUUCGCGGAAUGAGGCACUAGUCCACUAGUCCUCCGAGUCGACUCCUCGGUUCAUAAGUCACACGUAUUCCUCACCUAGAACCGCCAAACAGCCUCAUAAUAUCGAAGAUCAAAUUGGCAAAACACAAACGAAGGAUUCGACACUGCGCUUGAAUUGGAAUAGUGUUAUUUGUACACCCAACCGAUCUAUGGCCCAAGCUGUUACUUUCACUUUUGGGUCCGACAUUUUGACUUCUGUAAAAUCUGCCUUCUUUUUCAACGGAAAAGUGAUGAAUAUGUUCACUUUUUUCCUGACGUUAGUAGGAUGCCUGUUCUUCAUUUGUGGUUCAUCUGCUGUUGAUCCAGACAGAGCGUCAGUGUCAGUGAUGGAGGGAGAUACAGUGACGUUACACACUGGUGUUCAAAUGAACCAAAGAGACAGAAUGAUAUGGUAUUUUAAUAACGAUCGUAUCGCUCAGAUCACUGGAGAUCAGAGUAAGAUCUGUACAGAUGCUGUGUGUCCUGAGAGAUUCAGAGACAGACUGAAGCUGGAUCAUCAGACUGGAUCUCUGACCAUCACAGACACCAGAACCACAGACUCUGGAGAAUAUAAUCUGAAGAACACCACGCGAAACACUGACAAUAUCUUUAGUGUUACUGUAGAUGGUGUUUCUGCUGCUGAACGAGAUGAAAUGAAGACAAAGUCAGUGAAGGAGGGAGAAUCUGUCACUUUAGACACUUAUGUAAUAAAAAAACCAACUGAUGUGAUGAAACUGUACAUUAAUGAUGCUCUCAUCGCUGAAAUGACUGGAGAUCAGAGUAAGAUCUGUUCAGAUGAUGCGUGUAAAGAGAGAUUCAGAGACAGACUGGAGGUGAAUCAGAAUGGAUCUCUGACCAUCACAGACACCAGAACCACAGACUCUGGACUUUAUAAACUACAGAUCAUCAACAGCAGAUUCAGCAUCAUGAGGAGCUUCACUCUUACUGUCUCUGAUGUUCCAGAUUCAGGAUCGUCUUCAGUUGUUGUUGCUGUUGUUGUUGUUGUUGUUGUUCUUCUUCUUCUUCUGUUUGUUGCUGCUGUGGUUUUCUACAAGCGCCAAGAAAUAAUGCAAUGCAUCAGGAGGCAGCGCGAGAGACAGGAGCGCCGUGAACAGAGAGAUGAUGCUCAAGACACAUCCCAUGAUCAGGCAGAUGCUCUAAUGAAGACGGCUUCUAAUGGGACACCUCAUAAUAAGACUGAGGCUGCUGAACAGACACAACUGUAACAUUAUUUAUUAUUUUAUUGAAAGGGAAAAUUAAGAGAAGAUGCAGAAAUUCUCAUUGCUCACAGAAACACAAUGCCAAAGUUUAAGUGUCAUUAGUGAUAUCUUUUAGCAUCUUGAGGACACUAAUAAUACACAAUAUUUCUUCAAACUGAUGUUUUCAGAGGGAUCACUGAGAAAUGAAACAUUUCACUGAAACUUUGUGUUUUUGUGAAUUAGUUAGUAAAGCUUUGUGGUUAAAAAAGGCAGAAAGUUCAAAUUCCGCAAGGAUUGAUCUAUGAAAUCUCACAAUUAUGUCCUUGAUCAAGACUCUGAAACUCAGGAACUGAAUCUUUAACCCCA